ACAACCGAACUCACAAAAAUAGAUUCCCACAGAACUUGUCAGACUUCGAGAAAACCUUCCGUGCUGAGUACCUGGAUGUGCUCUCCUCGUCAUACUCCAAAAGGGGCAGUACAGGCAUGUAGGAAAUGUGACGACAGCGAACGAACCCUUACCGAACAUUGAGUAUAUAACAUAUAACAUUCUUUCCCAUCUCCAGAUAGUGGCAACAACUCAAUCAGACACAUCUCAUAGCAAUCAACAACUCCUCAGAUCUCAUCUCAUAGAUACCAAUCGUUGUUACCCCAUAUCCAUCAUCGAUAUACUCAAAGAGGCACUCGCCCCCUUGAGAACUAUUACCAAGACAGACAACUUUUCUAUCCCACUUCCAUUCAAAAUGCCGCUCACUCUCUGGAGAGAUAUCUCGCCUGUAGGCCAACCACUUCGAAGGCCUACCAGCAAAUCCCCACACGUCCUGAUAAUCGGUGGUGGCGUCACCGGGUUGACAUCAGCUUGGGUACUCCUCGAUCGGGGAUACCGCGUCACAAUCGUCAGCAGCGCGUGGGUGAGCGACACGCAGCGUCUGACGUCCCAGAUCGCCGGGGCCCUUUGGGAGUUCCCGCCUGCCGUUUGCGGCCAGCACACAGAUAAGAUCUCGCUGGCGCACUCGAAGCACUGGGUGAUGACGGCGUACCACAUCUGGGACGGGAUCGCGUCGAUCCCGACGCUGAGCGAGGCGUCGGGGGUUCGCAUGAUGCCGUCAGACUUCUUCUUCCCGGAACCCGUCGACAGCGAUAAGGCGCAAGUCGACAAGAUGACCGAGAUCAUGGCCAGCGGUGUGAGAGGGUUCUACCGGGGCGCUGACAUCAUCGACGAAAGGGGAAUCGACCCAUCGUACGGUGCCGUCGACGCCUACGAGCUGCUGGCUCCGGUCAUCGACACCGACAAGGCCAUGGGCUGGCUGACGGAGCUGAUCGAGAGCAAGGGAGCUGAGCUCGUCACGGAGACCAUCCACGACGAUCUAGUCGAGAUCGAGGACGAGCUGAGGGCUCGCUUCGAGGCCGACGUCAUAAUCAACUGCACGGGCCUUCAAGCUCAAGAGCUCGCCGGCGACGAGAGCGUCUACCCGAUCAGAGGCGGGCUGAUCCGAGUCAUUAACGACGGGUCGGACUUCCCGAAAGUAGAUGCGGCUCUGACUAUUACGGCAGAUGCCGCCCACUCUUCCAACGAGAUCAUCUUCCUCGUCCCCAGAAAUGAUAAUAUCUUGUUAAUCGGCGGUAUAACGGAGCCUCACGAGUGGAAUCUAGAUCUCACCCUAGACACGCCCAUUAUUCGCCGGAUGAGAGAAAGAUGCGAGAAAUUCUUACCAGGUCUAGAAAACGCCCGCCUGGACCCCGAAUAUCCAUUGGCGCAAGGACUCCGUCCGUUCAGAGGUCAAAACGUAAGAGUCGAGCGCGAGCUGCGCAGGACAGGUAGCCGCAUCGUUCACUCGUACGGACACGGCGGUGCCGGUUGGAGUUUGUCUUUCGGCUGCGCUCAAGAUGUGGCGAUGCUUGUGGACGAGGCGCUCGAGGGAAUCCCGGCCAGACCAAUGAGCGAGACGGUGUUUGAACGAAAAGCAGCGGGAUUUCAGAGACAUCCGGUAAAACACCAACACCAGCAACAACAAAAAGUCUAGAACGGAGAUGUGGGAUUUGAUUUGAUCUGAUUUGUCAAUUGUUUGGGUUUUUUUUUUCUCUCCUACUUCAAUGUCAAUUCUAUCUUCAGUGGGGGUUUUACGGAGAAACGGGCAUCCUUCGGCGUAUAAUUCGUAGAUGGCGGGAUCUUUUCUUCCUCUCUUUUUUUCCCCUCCUUCGCCUAUACAGGUAGCUAUAGUAUAGAUGAAGUAAUACGAUAAGAUAUUACUGGAAAAUGAAAAA